AUGGUCUGCGAGCUCGGCGGAGAGGCUGUCCUUGGAGUGCAGCUGGUGGUGACGUUGCUCACCGCCACCCUCAUGCAUAGGCUUGCACCACACUGCUCCUUCGCGCGCUGGUUGCUCUGCAAUGGCAGUCUCUUCCGAUACAAGCACCCUUCCGAGGAAGAGCUUCGGGCCCUGGCGGGGAAGCAGAGGCCCAGAGGCAGGAAGGAGCGGUGGGCCAAUGGCUAUAGUGAGGAGAAGCCGUUAUCCGUGCCCCGUGACACCCCUUUCCAGCUGGAGACCUGUCCCCUCACAGCCGUUGAUGCCCUCGUCCUGUGCUUGUUCCUGGAGUACCAGUGGUUUGUGGACUUUGCGGUGUACUCGGGUGGCGUGUACCUCUUCACAGAGGCCUACUACUAUGUGCUGGGCCCGGCCAAGGAGACCAACAUCGCUGUGUUCUGGUGCCUGCUCACCAUCGCCUUCUCUAUCAAGGUGUUCCUGACCGUGACCCGGCUGUACUUCAGUGCAGAGGAGGGGGGCGAGCGCUCAGUCUGCCUCACCUUCGCCUUCCUCUUCCUCCUCCUGGCCAUGUUGGUGCAGGUGGUGCCGGAGGAGACCCUUGAGCUGGGCCUGGAGCCAGGCCUGGCCAGUAUGACCCAGAACUUGGAGCCGCUUCUGAAGACACAGGGCUGGGACUGGGCUCUUCCUUUGGUCAAGCUGGCCAUCCGCGUGGGGCUGGCGGCAGUGGGCUCCAUGCUGGGUGCCUUCCUCACCUUCCCAGGCCUGCGGCUGGCCCAGACCCACCAUGAUGCACUGACCAUGUCGGAAGACCGGCCCAUGCUGCAGUUCCUUCUGCACACCAGCUUCCUGUCCCCCCUGUUUGUCCUGUGGCUCUGGACCAAGCCCGUGGCACGGGACUUCCUGCACCAGGCUCCCUUUGGGAGCACGUCCUUUUCUCUGCUGUCCGACUCGGCCUUCGACUCGCUGCGUCUCUGGAUGCUGGUGGCACUGUGCCUGCUGCGGCUGGCGGUGACCAGGCCCCACCUGCAGGCCUACCUGUGCCUGGCCAAGGCUCGAGUGGAGCAGCUGCGGCGGGAGGCCGGCCGCAUCGAGGCCCGAGAGAUCCAACGGCGGGUGGUGCGGGUGUACUGCUACGUGACAGUUGUGAGCCUGCAGUACCUGACUCCGCUCAUCCUCACACUCAACUGCACGCUGCUGCUCAAGACGCUGGGCGGCUACUCCUGGGGCCUGGGUCCCGUCCCCACGCUGUCCCCCACCCCGUCCUCAGCCCUCGAUGGCCCGGUCGGCCCCGAGGAGGACGAGGCCCGGCAGACCGUGGCCCUGAUCGCCGGGGUCCUGGGCAGCCUGCUCACACCACUCUUCCUCCGCGGCGUCCUCGCCUUCCUCAUCUGGUGGAUUGCCACCUGCCAACUGCUCUCCAGCCUCUUCGGCCUGUACUUCCACCAGCAUCUGGCUGGCUCCUAG